GCGGCUGCCGGCGCGUCUCUGCCCCGGGCUGAGGUGGCCGGCGCCGAGCCGGGGGGCGGGACGAGCGCGGCGCUAUGGCCGAGGGCAGCGGGGAAGCAGUCGCAGUGCCCUCGGCCGGCGCUGCCAACGGCCUCAACAAUGGGGCCGGCGGGACCUCGGCGCAGACCAGCAACCCGCUGUCGCGGAAGCUGCGUAAGAUCCUGGACACACGGCUGGACAACGACAAGGAGAUGUUGGAAGCUCUCAAGGCACUCUCAACCUUUUUUGUUGAAAAUAGUUUGCGGACUCGAAGAAAUUUACGUGGAGAUAUUGAACGCAGAAGUUUAGCCAUCAAUGAAGAGUUUGUGAGCAUUUUCAAGGAAGUGAAAGAAGAACUUGAAAGUAUACAUGAAGAUGUGCAAGCAAUGAGCAGCUGUUGUCACGAUAUGACGUGUCGCCUGCAGGCAGCAAAGGAACAGACUCAAGAUUUAAUAGUAAAAACCACUAAGCUUCAAGCUGAAAGUCAAAGAUUAGAAAUAAGAGCGCAAGUUGCAGAUGCCUUCUUAUCCAAGUUCCAGCUGACUUCUGAUGAGAUGAGUCUUCUCCGAGGUACAAGAGAAGGACCGAUCACUGAGGAUUUUUUCAAGGCACUGGGAAGAGUAAAACAGAUUCAUAAUGAUGUCAAAGUUCUCUUGCGUACAAACCAGCAAACAGCAGGUUUAGAAAUUAUGGAACAGAUGGCCUUGCUUCAAGAAACAUCUUAUGAAAGACUUUACCGAUGGGCUCAAAGUGAAUGUAGAACAUUGACACAAGAGUCAUGCGACAUAUCUCCAGUACUCACUCAGGCAAUGGAAGCCCUGCAGGAUAGGCCUGUCUUAUAUAAGUAUACCUUAGAUGAGUUUGGUACAGCCAGAAGAAGUACAGUUGUUCGUGGAUUUAUUGAUGCUCUUACAAGAGGGGGGCCAGGAGGUACACCUAGACCCAUUGAAAUGCACUCCCAUGACCCUUUAAGAUAUGUAGGAGAUAUGUUGGCUUGGCUCCAUCAAGCUACUGCUUCUGAAAAAGAACACCUUGAAGCUCUGUUAAAGCAUGUAACUACGCAAGGUGUUGAAGAAAAUAUUCAAGAAGUUGUUGGCCAUAUCACUGAGGGUGUGUGCAGGCCUCUAAAGGUUCGAAUUGAACAAGUAAUAGUUGCUGAACCUGGGGCAGUUUUAUUAUAUAAAAUUUCUAACCUCCUCAAAUUUUAUCAUCAUACAAUCAGUGGCAUUGUUGGAAAUAGUGCAACUACAUUAUUGACUACCAUUGAAGAAAUGCAUUUGCUGAGCAAAAAAAUAUUCUUCAAUAGCUUGAGUCUUCAUGCCAGUAAAUUAAUGGACAAGGUAGAACUCCCACCACCUGAUCUGGGACCAAGUUCUGCAUUAAAUCAGACACUCAUGUUGUUGCGUGAAGUCUUGGCAUCUCGUGAUUCUUCAGUUGUACCGUUAGAUGCCCGUCAAGCCGAUUUUGUGCAGGUUUUAUCAUGUGUCUUGGAUCCUCUCCUCCAGAUGUGUACUGUAUCAGCCAGCAACUUAGGCACGGCUGACAUGGCCACUUUCAUGGUCAAUUCACUAUAUAUGAUGAAGACAACAUUAGCUCUCUUUGAAUUCACCGACAGACGUCUGGAAAUGCUACAGUUCCAGAUUGAAGCACAUUUGGACACACUUAUAAAUGAGCAAGCUUCUUAUGUUUUAACUAGAGCAGGCUUGAGUUAUAUCUAUAACACCAUACAGCAACAUAAACCUGAGCAGGGCCCUUUAGCUAAUUUGCCCAACCUAGAUUCUGUGGCACUGAAGGCUGCAAUGGUUCAGUUUGAUCGCUAUCUGGCAGCCCCAGACAACCUGUUAAUGCCACAGCUGAGCUUUCUUCUAAGUGCCACAGUGAAAGAGCAAAUCAUAAAACAGUCUACAGAAUUAGUCUGCAGAGCCUAUGGUGAAGUGUACGCAGCUGUGAUGAAUCCCGUCAAUGAGUACAAAGAUCCAGAGACCAUCCUACACCGGUCACCACAGCAAGUGCAGUCGCUUCUCUCCUGAUUAUCUUCUUUGAAUGUGUUGGCAAAAUAUUGCAUUCCUAAAACACUGAACGUUUUCUUGGUUUUUAGUCUGUUAAUCUUUACUUUGAAAUUUGUUGGUUACAGUUUUCUUUGUAUCAUAAGAAUGCAGGUCCCAAUAAUUGCUUUGCUUUUGUCACAGUAACGAGACCUGAGUUAGCGUUGCUCUGUAUCUGCUCUCCACAUAGGAAUGCUCUGUUCUCUACUAGCCCUCUCUCCAGCUCUGCAGUUCCCCCCAGUUCUGAAAUACAAAUUUAUGGGAAAAGAGUGGUAUGAGAGGUUUGAAGUUUUUUUUUUUUAAAUGAGAUUAGUUCUAAAUUAACUAUACAUUAAAAAAAUUAUCUAAACUUAAGAAUUAGUUUGAAGAUGUGACCUAAUAAAUAUCUCUUUACGUAAAGAUUUAUUUGCUUUCUUACUAGAUAUUAUGAGUAGGUAUACUUAAACUGCAGAGCAAAAAUAUACAUUCAGCAAAAGUAGGAAAAGAGAGAAGUAAUUUAAAAGCAGCUUCUACUCUGUGUCUGCCCAGGACUGAGUUCAAGGUGAAGUUCAGCACUUCAGAUGGGAUGUAGGUGUAUAGGCGUCCUGUGCUACAUGCAAGUCUAGUGUUUAGAGAAAGAUAUUUGUUGUACAAUGUGGACUCUAAAUUCAGCUGUCUACACAUUUUGCCUGGUGUUCAAACCAAAGAAAUAAUGAUCUGCUCUAACACUGGAGGGAAAAUGCCAGAGUAGCAAUUGCUAAUUGGUGAUAUGUCUGUGUCUGUGGUGGCCCCUUGCAAAGAAUUGUUUGGGCUCUGACUUUAGAACUGUACCAGGAGUAAGAUUCAAAAUCAGUGUUUUGUUUGUUUUUUAAAAACAAAUCUAAACGUGUUUGAUGUGACUUGACUUUGUUGGUAAUAUUUUGUGGACAAAUUCUUACUAGCAAAAUAUCUUAAUUUCUGGUAAAUCUGUAAAAAGAGGUAAAAUUCUAAAUUAUAAAUGAGAAAAUGAAGCAUAAGGAAAAAAUUGACUAGGUUAAAAUAUUUUGAAAAGUAGUGAGAUAAAAUUAAUAUUUAUAUAGCAAAUGCAGAAUUUAUAACAAAUUAGUAUUUACAGAACAUGGCCUGUCUACUUGAUAGAUCUGUAAUUUCUAUCUGAAAUUUAUAGUUUUAUUAAUAUGCUUUUUUUGGAGUGUGAUUGAUUAUAUAUCAUCUCUUUUGGUGUUUAAUCUAUAUUUUUAGUCUUCCUUCAAUGAGUAUGUGUGAUAUAUAAAAGAUAGAAAAUAAAGUAUGAUAUAAAUCAAGAGCUUAAAUUUUAUAUAAUUUAUAUCUACUAUGAGAAAAGAUUGCUUACUUACCACUAGUGAAUUCCGUUGUUUUUUAGGAAAAAAGUAUAUUUAGCUUUUUACCUGAUUUUUUUCAAAUAAAAUAUUAAACUGUUUUUAGAGCAGCGAUCAUUGCAGUAUUUUUAUGCAUCUCAUCAGUGUGCUUUUAAAAAAUAUGCUAAUAGGAAAGAAAGUACAGUGUAGGGCCAAGUUGAGAUAACCAGUGGGAGCUUGGCGAGCAGAAUGUGGCAUCAGCGUAAUCUUGAGAACUUAGUUAAAAUAAACAUAAGUAUUAAUUCAUUAGCUUAACGCUGUAUUUGCUAUUUACUUCAUGUUUUGCAUUUUGAACUGUUCUGAGGUCACAUAAGUGUAACCUUAGGUGAUGCAUGUCAGCCUUUCCUUCAGAGAGAAAAGGUAUUUGCCUGACCAAAACCUUCUCCGGUGGAGCGUUUCCAUUUUUUUCUCUGUGAUUGUACUUGAACAGGUGAAUGUUACCUGAGGAAAAUCACACAAAUAGACUGACUUUUUAAAUUCAUGGUCACAGUCUUCACAUAGCACUCAAAAUUGCUAUUUCUACUCUGUCCCCGGUAAACUCACCUCCCCACUUUCCAAGAUGACUUCCACCCUCAGUUAAUGACCUUCAUAAUUCAUUGAGAAAACAGAAGCUGUUAGAUUAAUUUCCCUCAUUUUUUGACCCUCAUAUAUUGCACUCAUCUUCCUCUUUCCUCUUUUUGUGUUGGAGACAGUGUCCCUCCUCCCAGAACAGGCUGUUCCCUUCCUCUGGACUCCAUUCUCUCACCUUCUCAGAAUCUUUUCUCUCUGAGUUAUCCCUUUAAUUUUGCUUCAGCAACUUGUGACUUCCCUGUAGGAUUAUUCUCAACAGCACACACAAUGCUCUAGUGUUGAUAAUAUUUUUUAAAAACUUUCUGCCUCCCGGAUCCUAACACCUCCAUUUCUCUGCUGCUUUUUUAUGGUCGUCUGUGCAUGCUGUCUUACAUUUCUGCUGCUGUUGUGUCUUAAAUUAGCCCCAUAUGGCUUCAGCAUCACCACUACCACACAGCUAACUCCGAUGAGAUCCCCAUAGCAUUGCAUGUUGUCAGAUCCAAUGGAUUCUUCUCAUUGCUUAUUUUAUUAAACUUUCAAUAGCAUUCCACACACUUCUGUCUGAAACACUAUACUUUCUAGGCUUUCACAACACAACCUUCUGCUAGUUUUCCUCCCACUUCAUUAGUCAAACCCCUCUUAACCUCCUUACCUGGUUCUUUUGCCUCUUCGUGACCUUUAAAAGUUGGCAUACUCUAGGGCUUUAUACUCAAAUUUUUUUCCUUGCCUCAGGAAUUUUUUAUUAUCUCAGCAUAGCCUGGCAUUUUCUGACUGCAAUUAGCUCACAUCCUUAGAUCUAUCCAUGUAGUGGAAUACUCUACAGUAGUGAAAAAUGAAGUAAUUUCCAAAUACAUAGUGUUGAACAAAAAAAGAAAAUCACAGAAUAAUAUAGGAUGAGUCCAUUUAUAGAAUUUUUAAAUGAAAGAUAAAACAAGUUCAUACAUUAUUCAUGGAUACACGUGUGGUAAAGCUCUAAGGAAAUACAGGAAAUGAUUAAUACAGAAUUCAAGGUUAUCUCACAGGAUCUUUAGAAGUUACUAAUAAUGUUCUGUUCUUACACUGGAUUGCUGGUUUAUGUGUAUUCAUUUUUUUAUUUUCUAAAAUUUACAUAUAUGUUGCAUGAACUCUUGCAUAUAUAUUUCACAGUUUAAAAAAAAAGUUUAAAAAUAUUGUUUAGCGCAGGGCCUGGGUUAAAGUUAGAGCUCAAUAUAUGUUAGCUAAUGUUUUUGAUUAUGCUUGCUAUUAACACAUUAAGUACCAACUGGAGUAGGCUCUGUGUUAAGCAACAAAGUUUUAAAAGAUCACUAAGGGGCUUCCUUGGUGGCACAGUGAUUAAGAAUCUGCCUGCAAAUGCAGGGGACACUGGAUCGAGCCCUGCUGCAAGAAGAUCCCACAUGCUGCGGAGCAACUAAGCCUGUGCGCAACAACUACUGAGCCUGUGCUCUAGAGCCCAUGAGCCACAACUGCUGAGCCCUUGUGCCGUAACUACUGAAGCCCGUGUGCCUAGAGCCCGUGCUCUGCAACAAGAGAAGCCACUGCAAUGAGAAGCCUGCGCACUACAACAAAGAGUAGCUUCCACUAGCCACAACUAGGGGAAGCCCAUUAGAAAUGAGAUACUUAUAAGUGCUUUGAAAAACUCUGACAUAGUCUUGGCAAUCUAGAAGGAUGUGCACAUGCCUAGCCCUGUGCAUGCUCAAGAAAGACCAGAAAGGCCCUAAGUGAAGGCUGAAGCAAAUCUAGAAGCUACCUGGCUGAGUGUUGAAGGAUCCUCCAACACUCACACAGAACAUCUCAGCAAAGACUGCUUUUUUUUUUUUUUUUUGGUUCCACACAUUGAAAUAUUUGUCCAGUCAUUAGCUGACAACUAAGCUAAUGGGCCACUUUAACUGGUCACACACAACAAAGAAUAUAGAUUUUCCAGAAUUACUUGAGGAAGGUCACUGAAACACACAAUAACAAUCACAAAAAGCAGCACCAAGAGCAACCUGAGGGGUGGAGUGAGAAAAUCUGAUUUUCCAACAGAAUGGAAACAUCAUAAUGUUAAAAAUGCUCAUGCAUCAAGAAAAAAAAAUGGCAAGGUGCUCAAAUUAUGGCCAAUACACAGAAGGAAAAAAGGCAGUCAGCAGAAGCUGUCCCCGAGGAAGCCCAGAUGUUGGACUUACUAGACAAAGACUUUAAAACAUCUCCUUUAAAUAUGUUUGAGACCUGAAAGUAAGUAUGAGAAAAAUAUCUUACCAAAUAGAGAAUAUCAAUAAAGAGACAAAUUUCAAAAAGGAUGUUUUUAUAGUUAUAAAUUUAUAAUCAUAAAGUGAUAAUUUAAAGUUAAAAUUUGAUUUAAAAAUCAUAAAAAAAUUUUCAGGAGUUGAAAGAUAUAACUGAAAUUAAAAAUUCACUGUAGGAUUUCAUCAGAUUUGAGCAGGCAGAAAAAAGUAUCAGCAAACUUGAAGAUAGGUCAAUUGAGAUUAUCCAGUCUGAGGAACAGAAAGAAAAAAAUGAAAAUGAACAGAACCUCAGAGACCUUUGGGAUAUUACCAACAAUAUUUACACAGUGGGAGUCUCAGAAAGAAAAAAGGGAGAAAAGGGCCAAAGACUAUUUGAAGAAAUAUUGGCAGAAAACUUUACAAAUUUGAUGAAAAUCUUAACAAAUGCACUCUAUGCAGGUUAAAUUCAAAGAAAUACAUACCAAGACACAUCACAAUCAAACUAUGAAAUAUGUAGAAAAACACAAAUUGACUCAAGAAAUAGAAAAUCUGAAUAGACCUAUAGUAAAGAGACUGAGUCAAUAAUCAAAACACUUUUAAAGAAAGCCAGGACCAGAUGUCUUCACUGGUUGAAUUCUACCAAAUGUUUGAAGCAUUAACACAUUCUUAUCAAGUUCUUCCAAAAAUAGAAGAGGAGGGAGCACAUCCUAACAUUCUAUGAGGCAAGUAUUUGUUAUUGGUAUAACAAAGCCAGAAAAGGCACCAUAAGAAAACUACAGACCAAUAUCCUUUGUGAAUAUUGACACAAAAUCCUCAACAAAAUAUUAGCACACAGAAUCUAGCAACAUAUUAAAGGGUUAUAUAGUACGAUUAAGUUGACUUAUUCCAGAUGCAAGGUCAGUUUAACAUGAAGGUCAAUCAAUACACUAUACCAUAUUAAUAGAAUAAAUGAAGGAAAAAAUACAUGAUCACCUCAGUAGAUGCAGGAAAAUCCAACCCCCUUUCAUGCUAAAAAAUAAAACCUCACUCAACACACCAGGAAUAGAAAAGAAUUUCUUCAACUGAAAGGACAUUUAUGAAAAACACACUGUUAACCUUAUACUUGAUAGCGGAAAACUGAAGGCUUCCACCUGCUAAGAUGAUGAACAAGGUAAGGAUGUACAUUCUUGCCACUUGCAUUCCACAAAAUUAAAGGCCCACAGAUUGGAAAGGAAAAAGUAACACUAUUUGCAGAUAAUUAUGGUUGUAUAUAAAUGUAAUACUAAAGAAUUUAAAAAAACCCAAAACUAUUGAACUAAUAGUGUAGCAAACAUUGCAGUAUACAAGACCAGUAUGCAAAAGUCUAUUGUAUUUCCAAACAUUAGCAAUAAGCAAUCUGAAAAUCAAAACAAUUCCAUUUAUAGUAGCACACAAAGAAUAAAAUAGUAGAUUUAAUGAAGGACAUGAAAUACUUUUCCACUGAAAACUACAAAACACCGUUGAGAGAUAUUAAAGAUGCCCUAAAUAAAUGGAAAGGCAUUUAACGUUCAUGGAUUGGAAGACAAUAUUGUUAAGAUAGCAAUAUUCCCCAAAUUGACCUAUAGAUUCAAUGCAACCCCUAUCAAAAUUCCAUCUGCCUCUUCGUUUUCCAGAAAUAGGCUGAUCCUAAGAUUCAUAUGGGCAAACGGGGGACCUUGAAUAGCCAAAACAAUCUUGAAUCUUCCCAAUUUCAAAAUGUAUUACAAUACCGCAAUAAUCAAAACAGCGUGACACUGGCAUAAGGAUAGACACAGUUCAACGGAACAGAAUUUAGAGUUCAGAAAUAAACCUAUGCAUCCAUAACCAGUUGAUUUUUUACAAGGCUGCCAAGACCAUUCAAUGCGGAAAGAAUUGUCUUUUUUUUUUUUUUUUAAUAGUUGUGGCACAUGGGCUUAGUUGCUCCAUGGCAUGUGGAAUCUUCCCAGGGCAGGGCUUGAACCCAUGUCCCCCGCAUUGGCAGGUGGAUUCUUUGCCACUGCGUCACCUGGGAAGUCCGAAAGAAUUGUCUUUUUAACAAAUGGCACUGGAACAACUGGAAAACCACAUGGAUAAGAUUGAAUCUGGACCUAUAUCUCAUGCCAUAUGCAAAAAUCACCUCAAAAUCAAAGAUCUAAACGUAAAAGCUAAAAUCUAAAACUCUAAGAAGGAGACAUAGGUGUAAAUCUUUGUGGCCUUUUGUAUUAAGCAACAAAUUUUCAUCUUUUAUACAAUAAUGGAUUUUUAAAUAAAAAUAUAAGUAAAAUGCAGAGGCGCAUGAUAAUGUUGAAUACUCACAGUAGGUCAGUAUUUUUCCUAAUUAGUUAAAUAUGCUGUUAACAAUUAUAAAUACAUAUGCCUACACAUGGUUUCUUUUGGGCCAUAGUUGUAUUUAAGCACAACUGUCUUGAAAACAUAUUUAUUCCUCCUCAGAGAGAAUAUGUUUUUGGAGAUAAUAUAAUAAUGUGUUUUUACAGAUCCAAAUAUAAAACUACCACAAAUUGGCUAUGAAAUGAAUAUAAUAAUCGUAUUAAUAGCAUGCUAGCCUAUCAAAUUCAACCAACAUUACUGCCAAUGAAUGUUAAAAAUAAAAACUUUCCUAGCACUGAUAAUUUAAUAAGUAAGAAUAAAUGGUACUGUUUAUAAAAAUGAGAUUAAUUGGGGAAAAUUUUUGAUAGGGCCAAAAAUAUUUAUGUGAAAUAUUUGCCUUCUCUGAGGGGAUAUAUCAUUUUUUGACAAAGUGUUUUGUCGUGUAUUUUAAAAAGGGAAAGACCAAGCCAAAUCUAGGGUUUUUAAAGUUUAUAGCUUUGCCACCAGGAAAUUAAUUUACUUGAGUACGGUCUUUAUUUCCAUUAAUGUCAAGAUCUGAAAUUCCUGUGGAGCAAGCAUUAGUCUUUUGCCCACUAACAGCAAAAUGACUAGGAAUGAGAGCGAUUUUCCUUAUGCGAGCCAUCCUUAAAAGUUGGAUCUCCUGUGUAGAUCCCAACCUUCCUACGGGUGUCAUCUGCAUGAGCUUAGUUUGCAGGAUUCAGACAAGAGCUGGCUACUGUUGCUAGGCAGGCCUCAGAUGGAAUAUAAAAUGGUAAUAGGGAUUGAAGAGAGGUAGAAAAAUGCACUUGCCUUGGAAGCCAAGUCUUAAAAAGGAAACCAAAGAUUUGAUUAAUAUUCCACAGACUUGCAAUAUGUAUUUAAUAGCAGAUCAGGAAUCUUUCUUGCUUAAAAUCUGUAUUAGUUCCUUUUCAUUAAGAUGUAAGCAAAGCAAGCAUUCAAAAGCCAAAAGGCUGUCAUUAUAAACAAAAGUAAACAACAAAAACAUCAAGGUACCCUGCCUUUUAUUCUGAAUCUUACAAAGAAGAAAAUCACUUAUCCACUGAGUAGUAACAGGUUAAGGUAAUGAAUCAUACAAUAUUAAACCAUAAUGGAAUUUGCAGAAGCCAAAAAUGUGCAAAUUCACUCUUACAAUUUACCGAAAGACUCUCUUUGCAAGUGGUAAAUCAUUAGCCGUGGUGUUGCUCUUGGUAACCGCAGGUCUUAGGGGAUGGUGCAGAAUUAGUGUUGCUUCCUUCUUUCUGUGUGUCAUCAUGGUGGCGUGAGCCUAGUGCAUCUCUGUCAGGCAACUGAUUUCCAUAUACGUGGAUACUUUUCUGGAUCAUUUUUGCAUUCUUUUCAUGGGUUUAUUUAUUCCUGCACAAGUACCCGAUAUUUGAAUUGUUAAAGCUUUAUAAGAAGUCUCUGUAUUGGUAGGGUGUGGGGUGUUCCAUUUUAUUUUUUUCACCUAGAGUGAUUUGGGCAUUCUUGGCUUUUUGCUGUUUCACUUAGGUUUUAGAAUCAACGUUAUAUUUCUCAAAUAGCACUUGGAAUAUGGUUGUGAUUACUUUGAAUCUAUAUAUCAAUUUGGAUAGAAUUAAUAUCUUUAUGAUCUUAAAUAAUCCAAGUUAUGAACGUGUUGAAUUUUUCCUAUUUAGUUAGGGUAGUUUUAAGUUUCCCUUAGAAAAGUUUUAUAAUUUUCUCCAUAUAAAUCUAAGAAAAUCUUGUAUUUUUUGCUAAGAAACAUAUAGUUCUUAUUUAUUUAUAGUGUAAAUGGUAUCUAUGUUUGUUACAUUUUUAAAUGAUUGGUUGCUAUAUAUAGAAAUGGAAUUGAUUUUUGUGUUGAUUAUAUUAGAUCCAAGCAUUAACUAACUUUAUUUCUGAUGAUUUUACUUUGGGUUUUCUUUAUAGACGUUUAUAUUAUUUGAGACUAGAUGAUAGUUUUGUUUCUUUCUUUGCAAUCUAUAUGCCCUUUAUUUCUUUUUCUUGCCUUAAUAUGCUGACUAUGACCUCUAGCACGAUGUAACUAACAGCAGUGAUAAUGGACACUUUUCUUAAUUCUGAUUUUAAAGGCAGUGCUCGCAGUAUCUCACCACUAAGAAUUAGGUUUUCAGUUGAUUAAUGAGAGAGGAAGUUCUUUAAAUUCUUACAUGCUCUUAGUUAUUAAUUAUGAAUGCGUUGAAUUUUAUUAAAUGACUUUCAGAAUCUAUUGAGAUGUGCAUGUGGCUUUUUUCUUUUACGUGUUAAUCUGGUAAAUGACAUUUAUAUUUUUUUCUGAUGAUAAACCACUCUUGCAUUUCUGGGAUAAUCCUAAAUUGAUCAUAUUAUUUUCUCUUUUUGUAUAAACCACUGGAUUUAGUUUUGUUCAUUUUUGUACGUUGACUAGUGACCUUGCUAAAUUUACCAAUUAAUUCUAAAUUUGAUCUAUAGAUUCUUUUGUAAACUUUAUAUAUUCCAUUACAUAGUCUGUGAUUAAUGGGAGUUUUGACUCUUCUUUUUGUUUUUUUUUUCUAGCUCUAUGGUACUGUGUAACGUUUAACCAGUAUGAUGUAACAGUGUUGAAUAGAAGCGGUGAGGGUGGUCACCUUUGCCUUUUUCUAAAAUGUGGAGAAGGAGGGAAAGCUUUCAGUAGGUAGUUGUUUUGUAGAUAAGCUUUAUCAAAUUAAUAAAUUUCCCUUCUGUUCUAAUUACUUUAAAUCAUGAAUGAGUAUUGAAUAUUAUAAAAAAAAAUUUUUCUCUAUUGAGAUAAUCAUAUGGUACCACUCCCCAUUAUUUGCUUAAUGUGGAGAAUUUGAACUGUCAAAACAACCUUGCCUUCCUGGAAUAAACCCAGUGGUCAUAAUGUAUAAUCUCUUUUUAUACAUCUCUUGAUUUGAUUUAUUAAUAUUCUAUUUAGAAUUUUUGCAUCUAUUUUCAUGAGAGAGAUUGCUCUGUAAUUUUCCUUUUUUUUCAAUGUCCUUGUCAGGUUUUGGUAACAAAGUUAUACUGACCUCUUAAAACUAAGUGGGACAUAUUCUCCCUUCUUGUCUUGUCUGGAAUAGUUUUGGUAAGGUGGUUAUUACUUCUUCCUUAAAUGUUUAGAAGAAUUCAAAGUGAAGCCAACUUACCUGGUGAUGUCUUUGUGGGAAGGGUUUAAAUUGCAGAAGUAGUUUUUAAAAAUAGAUACAGGACUGUGCAUAUGGUCUAUUUCUUCUUGUGUUAGUUUUGAUGAAUCUGUUUUUCAGGGUAAUGCCCAUUUCACCUGAAUUUAUUGGCAUCCUCUUAUCUUUUUUAAUGUUCGUGGAACUGGUAUUAGUAAUUUGGGUUUUCUUUAUUUCUUUUUGUUUCUUUUUUAGACUUGCUAAGAGCUAUGGACUUUGGUAGUCUUGUCAAAGAGUCUGUUUUUGAUGUGAUUGAUUAUGUUUAUUUUCUAUUUUGUUGAUUUUGUUGACUUUUUUCUUUAUCUGUAUUAUUUCCUUCCUACUACUUUAUUGGUUUUAUUUGCUCUUCUUUUCCUACCUUCUUUUGGUUUGCUUGUUUGUUUGUUUUUUGGCCAUGCUGCGUGGCAUGCAGGAUCUUAGUUCCCGGACUGGGAUCGAACCCACGCCCCCUGCAGUGGAAGCAUGAAGUCCUAAUCACUGGACCAUCAGGGAAUUCCCUUUUUCUACAUUCUUGAAAUGGAAGCUUAUAUCAUCAGUUUUCAGACCUUCUUUUGUAGUAUAGUCAUUUAAUUAUGUUCAUCUAUGUUUCCUUCUAACACAGGCUUAGCCACAUCCAUAACUUCCAUGUCAUGUUUUUAUUAUCUUUCACUUCAAAGUAUUCUCUCAUUCCCAUUGUAAUUUCUUCUUUAACUCAUGGAUUAUUUAGAAAUGUAUUUCCAAAUAUAUGAUUUCCUACUUAUCUUUUUAUUAUUUAUUUUUGAGCUUAAUUCUGCUGUAGCCAGGAAAUAUAUAUUGUAUAUCAGUCUUUUAUAUUUGUUCAUACUUGCUUUAGGGUCCAGCAUAUGACCUAUUUAAGUGAAUGAUAUUCCCCUUAUACUUGAAAAUGAUGUGUUCUGUAGUUAUUGGAUGCAGCAUUCCACACAUGUUAAAAGGGUAAAUAUUGUUAAUCUUGUUCAGAUCAUCUCUUAGUCAUGAUUUUUGAUCUAUAUGUUGUAUCAGCUACUAAGAGAUAUUUUUAAAAAUAUUUUAACUGUGACUGUGAAUUGGCUUAUAUUUCUUUUUAGUUUUGUCAGCUUAUGCUUUAUAUGCUUUGAAGGUAUUCCUCGAUAUUUAAAUUUUAUUCAUUAUAAUUUUUUCUUUGAACCAUUAGUUACUUAGAAGUACAUUAUUUGCAUUUUUGCUAUUAAAGUUUUUAGCAAGGGAAUGA